AUAAUUCUUAAUUUUCACAAAUAAUUAUAUAACUUAUUAAUAUAGUAAUGCAUGAAUGAUUAAAAUAUAAUAUUUUUGAUACCCAAUGUACAUUAAUACUGAACGAAGUUAUUACUGAAAUGCAAGAUAUGUGUGAAUGUUAUCUAUUAUGUUAUCUAUAUCUUUUUGGGUUAUAUUAUAAUUUCAUAUAAUUUUUAUAUUAUGAAACGUAUUUUUUCGAUUUGGAAAAACAAUUUUAUAAAAUAAUUAUGGCAUCACUCAGUGCUUAUCGGAGAUUAAUGUUAAAAAUCGCUUCGGUUUUACCCGAGAGAUUUCGCGCCGCGUUUUUGCAUCCUGCAGGUAAGAUUUUGCCUAAUAAAAAUUUAUUUGAGAAAAAAAAGUUCGUUUCAAAAUUCAUCGAACAAUAUGAUUCAAGAAAAAAUUAUUUAUUAGGUCCAACCACAGUAUUCUUUUGGGCGCCAACGUUUAAAUGGGGUCUUGUUAUAGCAGGUAUAGGAGAUCUUAACAGACCCGCCGAUACGAUUUCUGUCAGUCAAACCGCGGCUCUCAUGCUUACGGGCGCUAUAUGGUCUAGAUAUUCAAUGGUAAUCAUACCAAAGAAUUAUAAUUUACUCAGCGUCAAUUUAUUCGUCUGUGCUACGGGAGCAUAUAAUUGCGUCAGAGGAUUAUUAUAUCAAAUAAAGCAGAAAUAGAUGCUAACAGUACGCAGAUCGUGGAAUGAUCGAG